AUGGGCCCCUAUACCGCCUCCUCAUGCUGCUGCCAGGCCCCUAAUCUGCCAUGGGCCCCUUAUACCGCCUCCUCAUGCUGCUGCCAGGUCCAGAGUCUCUCAUGGGUCCCUGUACGGCCUCCCAUUGCUGCUGUCUCUCCAUCGCCACACUCUGCCAUGUGCCACUUUCAGGUCUCCUCACACACUGCUGGUGUGUUCCAUUUUUUUGUCAUAGGGUGCUGACAGAUUACGGGCCUCCCAUUGCUGCUGCCAGGCCUGUAAUCUGCCAUGGGCCCCCGUACCGCCUGGUCACGCUGCUGCUGGGUCCACACUGUGACAUGGGUCCCUGUACCGCCUCCCAUUGCUCCCACUCUGCCAUGUGCCACUUUGAGGUCUCCUCACACUCCUGCUGUUUUCCAUUUUGUCAUAGGUUGCUGGCAGAUUACAGGCCUCCCAUAGGUGCUGCCAGG